UGCCGGGUGCGGGAAGCGGGCAGCGACGGCCCUGCGAGCGGAGGGGAAGGCGAGUGGGAGCGGGGCCCGGUGGGGAGAGACCCGUGUCUGCCUCUUCGCUGCUCCCACGUGCCGCCCCCAUGGCAACGAUCUACUCCGGCAUUUACCUGAAGCUGAAAAGCUCCAAGACUUCUUGGGAGGACAAACUCAAACUAGCCCGGUUCGCGUGGGUUUCUCACCAGUGCGUCCUGCCUAAUAAGGAGCAAGUUUUACUUGAUUGGGUAAGCCGUGCAUUGGUUUCCAACUACAACAAGAAACUUGAACUGGAGGAUGAAGUUGUUGAAAAACUCUGGGCAUAUCUUGACAAUGUUAUUCAUAGUAAAAGACUACAGGAUCUCUUAAAGAGUGGGAAGACAGUUGGUCUGAGUUUUCCAAUUGCACAGGUCAUAAACAAAAGGUUAUCAGAGGCCUGUUCUGACAAAACCAAGCGGAACAUUAGCACAUUGCUGAGCUGCUCCAGUGGCAUCCUUUCUACUCCUUCACUGUCCAUCAUAUACACAGCAAAGUGUGAGCUUUUGGUUGAUCUCCUCAGCAAGCUGUCCAAGCUGGCAUGUCAGCAGCUGGCUUCUGACGAUGCUGUCAGCUCCCAGUUGUUCAGCGUCCUCCAGCUUACCUUUGCUCAGUACUUACUGAUCCAGAGGCAGCAACCCAACCCAAGACUUGUGUUUGGGCAAGUAACAAGUCAGUUGCUCCAGCCAUGUUUGCUCCUGAGGCACUUGCUGACUGUGAGGAGCUGGACACAAGCAGAUGACAGCCACGUGCGCCAGCAUCUGAGCAGAGAAAUACAAAGCCAAAUAGAAACUUUGCUGCAGGUUGGGUUAUUUCAGCCUGAGCUUUUUUCAUCCUACAAAGAAGAGCUGCUACCAGAACAGGAUCCCCAGGAGAAGAAGAAAGGAGGAUUGAAAACUCUUUUGCUGCCAGCCAACACAAUGCAGACCAAGCUGGGCAGUGACUUGUGUGAGCCUGCCCUUCAUGGAGUGGUUGUGGCUAGUUCAGUGUCCCUGCUAUAUAAGCUCUUUCUGGACUCAUACUGUAAGGCAGAAAACUACCUUGUGUGUUUCCACAUGCUCAGCAGGCUUUUUGGCUGUCUCAGGCUCUCUGACCUGCAAGAGGCAGGGAGGAGCGAUAUGCUUUCCCCUGUGGAUUGGAACACAGAGCUGCUUGCUCUGGAGCAGCUUCUGAGCUUGGUGCUCAGCAAUGAUAUCUAUAAUGUCGCCAGUGACCGUAUCCGGCACAAAGAGGUGCAGUUUCAGUUUUACCGGAAGCUGGCACAGAUGCUGCUGACACACUCCCAAGCUUCCAUCCCUGCUUGGUUCAGGUGUCUCAAACUCUUGAUGUCAUUAAAUCACCUUAUUGUAGAGCCAGACCUGGAUGACUUGGUGUCAUCAGCUUGGAUUGAUGCUGAGGCCUCUGAACCACAUACAAAGAAGCCGCAGGAGGCUCUCAUCAACACCAUAUUCCAGACCUACUCCAAGCUGAGGCAGUUCCCACGGCUCUUUGAAGAAGUGCUGACAGUCAUUUGCCGGCCAGCUGUUGAUGAACUGAGGCCGCCUGUCUUCUCUGCUGGCCUGACAGUAAAGCUUCAUGAGUGCCUUCUUGAACUGCCACCCAACCAGAUUCUGGACAUUCUCUGUCUGUUUGUGGAGAAAUGCCAGACCCUUAUCAUUCCAGCUGUUGAAGGGUCAAUUGACAUGGCCUUGAAGCUGAUGUCAGUGUGCUCCGUGCUGCAUGCUUUUCUGUUCAACAUGAGGAGCCUAGAUGAUGUCACUCCUUCCCCUGUGGUGCUUCGCACUCAGCGUUUGAUGGCAAGCAUACAGAAGGGAAUAACUCAGCCACUGAUGGAGCUGCUGCAGGCUCGUAGGAGAAAGGAAGAAAAGUCAGAGCUUUGGCUAAGAAAGGCCAGUGAUGCUGCUCUCCUCCUCAUUUACACUUGGGUUGAGGUAGACACUCUGUUUGGUGUUAGCUGCAGUAAGUAUGUCUCUCCAACAGCUGAAAUUGCUGUUACUGAACCUGCUGCAAGGCACUGGGACAUUUCAGCUCUUCUUCCUGGUGUGAAGGAGCAGUGCUGGAGGAGAGUUACAGAACUUGCAAGUGGUUUUGCCUCCACUAGUAAAUACUGCUUAGAACUGCUCACACUUCAGAAAAUGAAGAUGAUGUUACUGCAGGCUGAAGCUGACCUACAGGCCUUGCAGCAUGCUGCAGCUUUCAUCCUGGAGUCUGGAAGAUCCGCCAUGAGCAGAGGAGAAUCUGAACUUUGGGAUGGAGAUAUCAGCGCGAUAACUGAACUUAGCUACCCCACAGCACACUGGCAUCUUGUCAUGUCCAACCUGACCAUCCUGUUACCCUAUACUUCCUUAAAAGAUGUAGAGUACCUUGCAAAAGUGCUUCUAGAGACGUUGAUGUUGGCUGAAGCUCAGGAAGCUGCCAUGGACCAGGAGCCUUCCAUCAGCAUUGGAAAGAUAUCUGUUGGUUUUAUGCACAGCUCUCUUCUACCAGAAAUGAAGGUCCUGCACUGUGCUUUUCUGACCCAUCUCAUUCAUCAGUUUGCUAUGGUGUUGCCCACUGCUACCAGGGAUUCAGUAGAUCUGCCACUUCAGCAGCUGUCUGUGAUUAAUGUUCCUUGGCAUGAAGAAAUUCUGGCUCCUUGCAAAACUGUUGACCCUUUGGAAGUACCAUCAGAAAACAAACUGCUGAAGGAUGAGCUGAGCUUGUCUUGGAAAACACUGGAGAAAGUUGCCCAAUGUAUAGUAUUGUUAGCAAAAAAUGACUGUCCUGUCAUCGUGAAAGAACAUCAGCUACAAAGAUGCCUGAGUUUGCUAAAAAUUGUUUCUCUUCUGAAAUUAGACAGUUUUCUUCCCUCUGACUGUACUCGGUGUUUUCUGGUGCUGCUGUCCCUGCUAGUUAAUACCAGGGCUAGUGUCUCUUGCAGCAAGUUGUUGUUGCUGGAGGUUUUAAGGACUUGCCUCCACCUCCUGAGAUGCCUGCAAGCUGGCAGGAAUGUCAGCUCUGUUUUUAAGGUGUUACGUGCCAGUGAUGUUCUUGAGGCUGUCAUGACUUCCCAACUUACAACUUGCAAAUUCUUCACUGAUGUCUUUACUGUUCCUGUUUGGGCACAAUAUGUCCAGGAAGUCCAAGAGUUUUUGGAAAACUUUCUUCAGAUGAUUAUUGAGAGAAGACAAAGUGUGAAGCUCAACUUGGAAAAGUUCAUGUCUUUCCUGGUGAGCAGCAGGCCAGACACAGGUGCAGUGAAAAGCAAAGACUGGAAAAACUGGAAUCCUGCAGCUGAGCACUUACUGCUUGCAGCAUUCACCACACUCUGUCAUGUCAUCACACUGCACCUCCAGCAGCUGCCAGAAAAGAGGCUGCAUUCUGCGGAUGUGUUCUCUGCUCUGUUGGAACCAGUAGUUCUGCAGAUGGUCAGAACUGUUGAACAUGGUCUUCAGAGUAACACCCCAAACCAGCUUUUGCCUUUAGCAUUCAUACCAUCUGUCACUACUCUCCUCAAAGCAGAUCUGAGCCAUCCUGUCAAGGACUGGCAGAAGGAGCCCAGUGGGUUUUUGGAGCAGCCCCGUUUUAAACUGUACCAAGAGUUUUACUCUCAGAUAUUGAAAGAGCUGCCCUGUGCAGGGAAUAAUCUGCAGUUCCUUCAGUUUGCUUUGCAGUUCCUGACGGUCUUCUGCUCCAUACCAGAGCUGUAUCCUGGACAAGAAACUGCAGUCAUGGUUGUUUUUGCUAUAAAAAAGCUUCUGUCUGGUCCUGCAAUUACAACCCAGGUGAUCCGAAGUGUGGAGAUGGAGCUUACAGAGGUGCUUGCCAAGGUGCUGGGAAACUGCUCUGCUGAGGAGUUUUAUGCCAUAAUGAGACUGGUGCUGCAGGGACUGGAAGUGAAGAAUGUUUGGCAGCAGAAGGCUAAAGAGGUAUUGUCAGCUGUUACGCUAACCAAAUUGUUGCUCAGCUGCCCAUUAAGUGGAGACAAAGAGAAAGCUUUCUGGUUUGCCAGCCCGCAGAUAAUCACAGCUUUAGCUCUGCAAACCAAAGAGGCCUGUCAGGACCAGUCACUGAUUUCCAUCAUAGUUAUACCUAUUCUAGAGACUGUAGCAGCUCUGCUAAGGCAGGGAGAAGGGAUUCUUGUGAAUCCACAUCACGUUUCGUUGGCAUUCAGCAUUCUUCUGGCAGUCCCUCUGGAUCAUCUGAAGACAGAAGAGUAUCGUGGUGUCUUCCUGGGGGUCCAUGAAGUGCUCUUCUCUGUUGUACAGUGUCAUCCAAAGGUGCUGUUGAAAGCAACACCGUCUUUUCUGUGCAGUUUCCAUCGUCUGGUUGUUUCUGUCAUGCAUGAAGGACGUCAGAAAGGAGACAAAGGCAACAUGGAUGAGUUUGAAAUGAUACUGAAAUGUGCACACUUGGUGGAACGGAUGUAUACUCAUAUUGCUGCAGAAAUGGAGAACUUCACUGUGUUUUCUGCUUUCAUGGUGGCUCAGUAUGUGACUGAAUUGCAGAAGGUGACUCUGCACCCAGCUGUGAAGGCACAUCUCACAGAAGGAAUAUAUCACAUCCUUGACCUUUGCAUUGAACGGGACAUCAAGUUCUUAAAUGCAUCGCUCCCAGCAGGUGUGAGGGAGGUCUUUAAGGAUCUGUAUAAUGAUUACAACCACUACCACAAAGCAAAGAAACAGGGGGAGGAAAAGUACACUGCAUGAUGAAUCCUGCCUGGCGCUGUGUGAUCAGUUAUGAAUUGAUCUUGCAGCACUCAGAUGAUGCUCAGUGGCUGUUUGGUUUGGGAUGACGAGUAAGAUUGAACCUGAGGAAGAUCCUAAACAUGGAUUGUGUUUAUCCCUGUACAGCCAGCCUUCAUAAUGGGGAAAAAGGGAACUGGGGAGGGAGGAUGUGCUAUGCUGUUGUUUCUGGUCCUGCAUUGUGCCACGAAUGGCAGAACUGCUGUGCUUCUCAUGGCCCCUGGUGAACUCUCUGGGAGCCUUGGGUCGCUCACUGCAAUUUGACAGCAGAUGUCAGGCUUCAGGCUUUGGCACAUCAUGGUGCUUUCCUGUGGAAGCAAUAGUCUGGUCUAAAAGCCAGUGAGAGAUAUAACCCCUGCUUUUGCUUACAUGGUAAGCAGAAUUAAAGCAGUUAAAGGGCUUUUUCUGGUACCCUGUUAUUUUACAUUUUGUAACUGAAGAAAUUUGUCAAUAUUAAACAGCUGUACAGUUGGUUACUGUGCAAACCUGCAGAAGUAACAGUAAAAAAUUUGAAAAAUUUUA